AGUAUAGGAGCACAUUAGGAGCACAACUGUGGUAGGAGGAAGACAUCAUCUGGAGAAAGUCCUGCUCUUGUCUUGUUCUGUGGCUAUGAGGAGCUUAUAUAGCAUCAGCAAGAGGGAACAAUGAAGUGCAUCUGAAAGGACCAGUUAAGCAGUGUGCUUAAACUACGUCUGGACAAUAUAACAGGGUGACUGGGGAACUGGCAGCUAUGCUCUCAAUCUCAGCAAGGCACCCCCGCUCCAGAACAUCGGAACCUUCUUGCAUCUCAUUAAAGUUGGCCAUCACCAUGUCCGGUUUAAGGCUCAACAAGAGGGUGAAGGAUCAUUACAUGAAGCUGCCCCAAGGUGGGAAGGUAUUGGUCACCUAUGUUUGGAAGAAUGUCCCAAGUGAAGAGCUACAAUGCAAGACAAGGACCCUGGACUAUGAGCCAAAGUCCAUAGAAGAUAUUCCAGAAUGGGGUUUUGGCUUCCAUUUACAACCCGAAGAUCCCAUAAGCGACAUGUAUCUCAUCCCAGUAAAGAUGUUCAAAGAUCCAUUCUUUUUGGAUCCAAACAAGCUGGUUCUGUGUGAAGCCAUGAAGUCCAAUGGCCAGCCUGCAGAAAACAAUCUUCGUCACUCUUGUAAGAACGUAAUGGAGGCGGCAAGAGACCAUCACCCGUGGUUUGGGAUGGAACAGGAAUACAUCUUGAUUGACAUCAAUGGGCUUCCAUAUGGUUGGACAGAAGACAGCUUCUCAACACCAGAAGUCACCCAUCACUGUGGAGUUGGCGCAGAUAAGGUUUAUGGACGGGAUAUUAUGGAGGCCCACUACAAGGCAUGCCUGUAUGCUGGCAUUAAAAUCUGGGGCAGCAAUGCGGAAAUCAUACCCUCGCAGUGGGAGUUCCAGGUUGGUCCUUGCAAAGGCAUAGAUGUCGGAGACCAUUUGGUUAUGGCUAGGUUCAUCCUUCAUCGUGUAUGCGAAGAUUUUGGUGUGGUGGCAACGCUGGACCCAAAGCCUGUGCCAGAAUUCUGGGCCGAUUCUGGGUGUCAUGUCAACUACAGCACAGAGGACAUGAGGAGUGAAGGAGGCCUCAAACACAUUGAAGAUGCUAUUGAGAACCUUUCCAAGAGGCACGACUACCACAUCAGCAAGUACGACCCCACGGGUGGGAAAGACAACGCACGGAGACUGAUUGGUUACCUUGUGACAUCCAAAAUUCACCAGUUCUCCUCCGGCAUUGAUGACCGGUGUGCCAGUAUCCGAAUUCCAAUCCACGUAUGGCAGCAAGGAUAUGGCUACCUAGAGGACCGCCGUCCGGCUGCCACCUGCGACCCUUACGCUGUCAUUGAGGCUUUGGUGAGGACGACCGUUUUGAAAGAGACGGGCAGUGAGACCAAUGUUUAUGAAAAAAGUUAAGCUUUUUAGCAGGGUCCUCAAUAAAAAAAAUUAAUAAAUGAUGGGUUCCAAUGUAUAUUUCUAAUUGAUACUGCUAGCAGUAAUGGGUUAAUGAGGGACCAUUUGGCUACCAUGCGGCUU